AUGUUACAAGAGAUACAACUCCUUCAAGGUCAAACGAACUACGUUGUAGUUUCGUCCGGUUAUCCAUCGGCGACCGUAACCAAAACAAAUAUGGAGAAGAGGGUCGUACCUAUCGCUCCGGCUCCUGAAAAGAACUAUGUCACUCACGAUACACCGCCGAGCCUUCAGUUCAGGAAGAAAGUACACUUUAGAACGAAUCCAUAUACCGGACCUCAAGCCGCUUCUAUUGCGAGGAGAAAUGCAAGGGAACGAAAUCGCGUGAAACAAGUGAACGACGGUUUCAAUGCCCUUCGUCGUCACCUGCCAGCGUCUGUUGUUGCGGCCUUAUCAGGUGGAGCGAGGCGCGGUUCAGGAAAGAAGCUAAGUAAAGUGGACACGUUGAGAAUGGUCGUUGAAUAUAUUAGAUAUCUACAACAACUAUUGGAAGAAAGCGAUGCAGCCCUUGGAAUUACCCGUGAACAGGAAAAUAGAGAGAACAUACCGACCCAGUCUAUGACCUCGGUAUCAGAUAUGGAUGACAGUUUUUUCUAUAGCAGCGGUUCACCUUGCUCCGAGAAGCCUGGUUCGCCAGCACCCUCAGAGUGUUCCUCUGGAGUAUCAUCAGCCUAUUCUCCUGUAGAUACGAAUCGGUACGAAGUGUCGACGCAGCAACAUCUCGGCCCGAUGGAUGAAGAUGAACUCCUAGAUGUCAUUUCUUGGUGGCAGCAGAAAUAA